AUGUCAAUUAUUAGUCGCUAUGCCGUUCCACAAAUCUCUAAAUUAUCAAAUGGAGUACGUGUUGCAACUAUUCCUGUAAUUGGAGAAGCUACUACUCUUGGUUAUUGGAUCAAAUCAGGAAGUAUGUACGAGAAUGCUUCAAAUUCCGGUGUCUCUCACUACUUAGAGCAUGUUAUAUUCAGAGGCAACGAGAAAUAUCCACAAAGAAAGCUUGAACAACUUGCUGAAUACGAAGGAAUCAACCUUAUGGCAUCAACAUCACGCGUAACAACCAAUUUCAAUGCUACAAUCUCAAACGACAAGCUAGAUGUCGCUACAGAUGUUCUUUCACAACUCGUUUUAAACCCAAGAAUCAAAAAAUCAAUUGUAGACAACGAAAGAGAUACAAUUUUGGCCGAAGAAUAUGAAGUCAGCCAAGACAUUAAUGAAGUUAUUUGGGACAAACUCCAUGAAAUUUCCUUCAAAACAAGCAUUGGAUUCCCGAUUCUCGGUUCCCAUCAGUCAAUUCAGAAAAUUACCACAGAAAUGGUUCAAUCACAACAUUCAAACUUUUUCAAUCAGGAUAAUUUGUAUUUUGUCGCUGUAACGAGUCUUCCUCACGAUGUUAUACUGAAAUCAGUAGAAAAGGCUACACAGUUCUUGAAGCCUCUUGCUUCUCAUCCAAAGCUUGCUUCCGAUAACGAUCUUCAUGUACAAAAAUUCGAACCAAAUCAAAAACAAUAUUUGUUACCACAAUUAGGCGACAAUGCCUUCGUAGCGAUAGGCUUUGAAGCACCACCACUCGAUUCUCCACUCUACAUUCCAUCACAAAUCGUUAAAAGCGUAAUUGGAAGCAAAGAAAAAUAUUCUGUCUCUCCAUUGAUAGAGAACACAAAUAUAAGAACACUAAACUCAUACUCAUUCCCUUACGGUAACUCUGGCCUCACAGCUUUCUUCGGUAACGAAUCAAUAAAUAAUCUCAACGGCUGGGUCAAUACGAUCUUCCAGAGCAUUGGAACAAUAUUCAGCAACGAGAAUAUCGAAGGAUCUCUCAAUGUUGGCCGUCUUUGCGUCAAGAGCCAACUUGCUCGCGGAUUAUCAUCGACAAGGACCAUUGCUGAUGAGUUAGGAAACAAUCUUUUGUUGAGGAAUGAAUACAUGUCACUUGGAAAAUGGGAUGAACUCCUCAACGCAACGAAUAUUAACAAUAUCAAAGAAUACUUUGAUAAAUACAUCCUUGAGAAGAAUGCCUCUAUGGUAAUUAUUUCAGGAAAGCAAUAA